AUGAAUAUAGAGUUGCAUGAUAAUGGUAAAGAAGCUAUGAUGGAUUCUGGAGGAGUGAAUACAGCUAACGAUGGGGAUGGUGCUGGAGAUGCCAGCAAUGCUCCUACAACGAAUACAGACCCGAGUGCAAUUACAAGUGGUGGUGAUUCUGGAUUACAUGGAAAUGAAAAUGAAAACGAAAAUAUAGAUACAAAACAAGGGACAGAGUCUAACUCGAAUGAAACGACUACCGAAGAGGGACCGACUUUUGAUGAGUCCUUUCCACCUCUAUCGUCACAACCAGAUAUAAUGUCCAUCUCGCCUAAACAGGCAUUAUUUUACCUCCAUCAAUCAUUAACCAGUCUUAUAAAACUGCAUGAAAACCUUCUGUUAAAUCGACGAGACUCUCCAGUUGUUAUUGAUGACGAUGUUAUGGACAGUGGUAGUGAGACUGCAAGUGGUGGGUUUAGUGCUGGUACCGGUACUGGAACAGGAACCGCUGGAAGUGGUUCUAGUUAUAGCAAAAACACAGGAGUUCCCGCGACAGACUCGAUUGUCCAGACUUCUGGAGACGCGUCUGACGAGUUUUCUCCAAUCAAUUCUGGCAGCAUUCCACCUCCAUCUUCGUCGGCAAUGGGUAACUUUCAAAAUUCCCGCAGGAGGUCUCAUAGAUACAGUGACAUCUCGCCGAUUUCCAUGUCUGAUAGACGACUGUCUUCUGGAGGAGGUUCAUCUGGACAUCAUAUCAAAUCCAAUGAGGAUGAAGACUACGACAUAUUAUCACCUCAUAGUCCAGGUGGCUCGAGUCACCCGUCUGGUCCACAUAUGGCCAACUAUCAGUCGUAUUUAAGAAGACAGAGAAAGACCACUUCAUUACUGGCAGAAGCUGCUGAAGUAGCAUCUCUGGUUUUACAAGGUGGAACUACCACUCUUCAAGACGAAUACGCACGUCUCAAGAAAUCGUCUAUGAGUUGGCCAGCAGGCUCGCCAUCCGGAUCAGGCUCGUCGAUUCCCUCAUCUCCAGCAACAUCACCAGUUUCAUUGCGACCCAGUCCAUCCACUGGUUCGGUGUCGUCAAUCCAAGAACAAAAACUUGUCAUUGCACGACGGUUCUGGUCAAAAACGACACCGCAAAUCAGUGUUCAAAAAUAUCUUUUACGAUUAUACAAGUACUGUCCAUCAUCUACAUCAGCCUAUCUAUCGGCUGGGUUAUACAUAUACCGUCUCUGCAUUAUCCUCCAAACGAUUCCUCUCACCGAUCUCAGUGUCCAUAGACUGGCACUGGCAGCUAUCCGCAUAGCAUGCAAGGGCAUUGAGGACAUCAACCAUAGUCAAUCUCGGUUUGCAAUGGCGGCAGGAGUCUCAACAUCGGAUCUGUACCGACUGGAGAUUGCCCUCCUGUUUUUACUCGACUUUAACAUCAAGGUCGACCAUGAUGCUUUACAACGUGCUUUAGACGUAUGGGCCGAGGUAGAAGUACAAGCCCGGCAUGUUCUCGAGCGCCCUGUUUUGUCUCCUGUUGUCCAGUAA